AUGGCAACAUCUAAUAAUGGGAGUGGAGCCGAGAAAAAGACUACUCAAGCUCUACAACUUGUGACCACCACUAUCUUCCAUAUGCUGGUUUCCCGACGGAUACCAAUUCUAGCCUAUCUGUUCCUGGCCUCCCUUAUAGCUCUACUUGCAUUCAAAUUCCAUUUAUCCACACUUUCAGAUGGUGGGGUCUUUGAAGAUGAAGACGACCCGACUCCGUUCGAUUUCGCGUUGAAUUUUAUUCUGAAACCAAAGUUUCCGGAUAACUUGAAUGCGGGGAAUACACCGAAUGUGUUGGUACUGGUGACUACUACUGCGUCGGAGGGGAAGAUGAGAGAACAAGUUAGACAGUCAUGGGCAAACUACACAAGUCGCGCGGUUCGAGUGGAGUUUCUGAUUGGGAUUCCGACCGACGAACAACUCCCACUGAUUCAAAAAGAAAAUGAAGAGUAUGACGAUAUGAUUAUAGCAGAUGUAGUUGAAGGGUAUUAUAGUUUGGCAGCGAAGACCAUGGCUAUGCUCAUUUAUAAAACUAGGUACUAUCCCGACUCAAAGUGUCUUGUGAAAGCAGAUGUGGACAAUGUGUUGAUAUUGAGGAAUUAUGAGAGACUAUGCGAAGAAGCUAUAGCUCCACUGAUUCUUGGAAAAUGCAAUGUCCCACGCACCGUCCUCCGCAACACCACAAAAUGGGCGGUCCCUGAAUUUGUCUAUUCUGAGCCAGUCUAUCCAACAUAUUGUUCCACUGGAACAUAUGUGUUGGCUGGAAAGACAGUACCACAGAGAUUGAUAAAAGAAGCAAUGAGAAGUCCGUUUGCGAAUUCACUCAAUUUUAGAAAACUCUCCGAAGACGUCAUCUUCACCGGAAUUCUUGCGGAAAAAGCGGGAAUUCGACGACGCCAUAUCAAUGGUCUCUCAUUCUUCGAAAUCCCAGAAUUCUUCUGUCGAAAUGGUUAUAAAACGACGUACAGUACGCAUUUGUUGAGCGAUAAGAACCCCGUCAAGAACUAUUACAAAUUGAUGAAAAUCGAGGGGGUUUUGUGUCGAUGGUGGGAUCCGUAUGGGGUCCGGAGGUGGUGA